AGUGUCUCUCCCGGGCAUAAAGACGAAGCCAAUUGUUUAUCAGUCACAGCAUUCACGCACACAAGUAACGAGUGGAUUUUUUCAGUAUAUCUUUAGAUGUAUAUCUCUUAAAGCUAGAGUCUAAAGGCACAUGAUAUAUGAUUGCGUAAAAUGCUAAAAGUAUCUAGGAUAGGUUAGAACGUGGUUAAACAACUCUUGUGCGCGGUCUCUUAUUUUUUUUUUUUCUACAAUACAAAUAGUAUUAAUAUAGAGCAUGUCGGAUAGUUCUGACGACGAAUUAAAUUGUGGCGAUGAUCAUGAGAAAACGCCAUGGAUUUUGUAUAAAGACCGCAAUGAGUGGAGUGACGUGACUCCUUUACCCCAAGAUGAUGGUCCUCAUCCUGUUGUAGCAAUUGCAUAUUCUGAAAAGUUUAAAGAUGCCUAUGAUUAUUUUCGUGCCAUUCUAAAGUCAGGUGAAAAGUCAGAGCGUGCAUUAGCUUUAACAGAAGCUUGUAUAUGGCUUAAUCCAGCUAAUUAUACUGUAUGGCAAUACAGAAGAGAAAUACUUAAAGCUUUGGCAAAGAACUUACAGGAGGAAUUAAAAUAUACUGAUCGAAUGAUAAAAUAUAAUUCUAAAAAUUAUCAAGUUUGGCAUCAUAGAAAAGUUAUUGUUGAAUGGCUGCAAGAUCCUAGUGAAGAGUUAGUAUUUAUAGAAAGUAUUUUAUGUAAGGAUGCAAAAAAUUAUCAUGCUUGGCAACAUCGUCAAUGGUGCAUUCAAACUUUCAAUUUAUAUGAUAAUGAAUUGGAGUAUGUCGAGCUAUUGUUAAAUGAUGAUGUUCGCAACAAUUCUGCUUGGAAUCAGCGUUAUUUUGUCAUAAGUAAUACGACUAAGUUUGAGCAAGAGGUGAUAAAUAGGGAAGUUGAUUUUGCGCUGGAAAAAAUAGAACUGUCGAAAGGAAAUGAGAGUGCUUGGAAUUACUUAAGAGGGAUACUGUUGAAUGAUAGCAAAGGCUUAGGUUACAAUGAAAAAGUAAGACAUAAAUGUGAAGAAAUGUAUAAAGAUGGAUAUCGCACUAAUCAUUUGUUGGCCUGCAUAAUUGAUAUUUGUCAAGAAAGAUGUUCAUCUGAUGAAACCCCAUCUUCUUUAUUUCACAUUAAUUCUGCAUAUGAGCUAUGUAAGGAUUUGUCGAAAAAAUAUGAUACAAUAAGAUGGCGAUACUGGAAUUAUGUGGCUAGUCAGCUAGCGAUAAAAUUGAAAACAGAACCUUGAAGUAAAAUAUUAGAGCAUUCCUACACUGUGAAUUGUUCAAAGAAUUUUAGACAAUGUUUUUAUAUGUCAAUCUACAAUAUAUGGUUGAUAUAUCUUGGCCUCUUUUGUCUACACAUGUUAUUGCAUAAUAAUAAAAUUUCUCAGAGCAAUUGGUACAAUUGAUUUAUAUAAAAUCAAAAGCAUCUUUUAUGAUCUUGAAGUAGAAUCAGGAUUUGAUAGUUAACUUAUCAGAAUUAUUUUAAGCGAAAUUUAAUAUCACUAACCUAAUAAGAUGUGUUAUACCAACAUUGUUAUCUAAAAUAAAAUGAUCUACAUUAUCUA